UAACAACAACAACAACAACAUUGGAGAGUUACUUCUCAGCCACACGUAAAACCAAAAUCUACACCAGGGCUAAUGAUAUUUUAAUAUGAAUUGUCAGGAUAGUUGUAUAUUUUAUUCUUAAAUCUGAAAAAAUACACUGAGCAUUUGUUUCCAACUUGUGUCUUUGGACUGGAUUUGGACGGAAAACAUGCGCUGCUGUCCAAUGAUUGGACCCAAUGGCGCAUUCUUCUUGCAGCGCUCUGUCAUAGACAUCUAGAGCGGCUGUCAGACGCUUGCGACGGGUGAAAAAGUCCUGAAUCGCCAAGGUGGGAGCAUGCGAUCGGUCAGUUACGUACAGCGAGUGGCGCUGGAGUUUAGCGGGAGCGUCUUCCCGCACGCCAUCUGCUUAGGAGAUGCCGACAAUGACUCGCUGAAUGAACUAGUGGUUGGAGACACCAGUGGGAGACUAUUCAUAUACAAGAAUGAUGAAGGCAAGCCUUGGACUACUCGCUUAUGUCAAGGAAUGCUUACCUGUGUUGGUGUUGGGGAUGUAUGCAAUAAAGGAAAGAACUUGGUUGUUGCAGUGAGUGCUGAGGGUUGGUUUCAUCUCUUUGACUUCACUUCACCCACAAAGCACCUGGAUGCCUUGAGCCACCAUGAACCCCCAGCAAUAGAUGACCAAAAGCUGGGCUUCAAGCAGCACAUUCCUGCCAACACCAAAGUUAUGCUGAUCAAUGACAUUGAUGGAGAUGGAAAGAGUGAACUGGUAGUGGGUUAUACAGACCGUGUGGUGCGUGCCUUUCGUUGGGAGGACUCAUCUGAGAGUUCAGAAUAUAUAUCUGGGCAGCUGGUGCUGCUCAAAAAGUGGCUGCUGGAAGGACAGGUGGAUAGCCUGUCAGUAAAUCCAGGUCCUGAUUGUGCUCCUGAGAUGAUGGUGUCCCAGCCAGGAUGUGGUUAUGCAGUUUUACUCUGUACUUGGAAAUCAGAGCAGCAGCUUCCAAAAGAGAGGAUAGACAGCUCUGCAGCUAGCAGGGAAGCCCCAGUUCGGGAUGUUAUUAUCCAUCAGACAUCAGGUAGAAUUCACAACAAAAAUGUUUCUACCCAUCUCAUUGGCAGCAUUGGCAGAGGGACUCUGAAACUCAUGGAGGGAGCAGACAAGCUGCUGUGGUCAGUGCAGGUCGACCACCAACUUUUUGCUCUAGAAAAACUGGAUGUUACUGGCAAUGGACAUGAAGAGGUAAUUGCCUGUGCUUGGGAUGGACAGACAUACAUCAUAGACCACAGCCGUACAGUGGCUAGGUUCCAAGUAGAUGAAAAUGUGAGUGCGUUCUGUGCAGGCCUCUUUGCCUGCAAAGGAGGCUUUAACAGCCCUUGUCUGGUAUAUGUCAGCUUUAACCAAAAGAUCUACAUCUACUGGGAUGUGCAGUUAGAGAGAAUGGAAUCCACCAAUUUGCUGAAGAUACUAGAGAAUAACUCUGAAUACAGAGAUCUUCUGCUCCAGCUGCAUGUGGCUGAAGAUGAUGUUUCUGCUGUCAAAGAUCUGAUUCACAAGAGCUUAUACUUUCCAGAGGAGCAGCUCAAGAACUCUUCUCAUUACACACUUUCACCCAGAACAUUCUCCUCUAACAGCCAUUCCAUUACUCAAGAAACUGAUGAAUAUAUAGUAUAGAUCCACAUAACUUAUAGCACUGUUUCUCAUGUCCUGUUAGGAUAUGGGUGUCCUUGUUGCAUCAAACUCAGUGACCUGGAUCACACAUAAUGAUAACUGAAAGUACAGGUUCAGCAUGGAUUGAACAUGGGUUCUGGUUAAAUCAUGGGUUGUUUUUACAUGUAAAGGUUAUACUAUGGUUUAGGUACAGGUAAUUAACCAAAAGGAGCCCAGAGUUCACAGCAACCAUGAGUUCAUUUCCUGGGUUGCUCAUGGUUAACAACCUGUUAAAAAGCAACAGCACAGGGUAAAUACAUUAUGGCAACUCCCAUUUUAACAACAGUCCAUGAUUCAACAACCCAUACUAAGUCCAUUUUAUGUGCAAAACCAGGUCAAUCUGUUCCAUUUAUCCUAAUUAAUUUUCUAGGCAGUUGAAGCUUCAUAACAAGCCAUGUCUGAAGCUUUUCAGUCAAUAGGUAGAUCCAGGAAUCAGUUGAACUUAAACUGAUGACAAACUGCUAACCAAAAGCAAAAUAAUAGGAAAUGCUCUUUUGCAUUCUUCUCAUGUUUCACUGUCUCUUCUAGUGAAAACAUAGUUUCAAAUUUUAAGUUACAAGGAUGAAAGCCAUUAAGUAAAUUCAGGAAACCUCAGUUCUUAAUACUGCUAACUGAACGGUUAAUUGAAAGGGGACAGAGAAGCUAACUGUAAAGAUGGGGUGGGAGGAUGUGUUUGCAUGGGGAGCAGGGUUCUUCUGAAGCCAGUAGGUUAAUACAGAAGUUCAUACCAUUCAAAAGCACCAUGCCAGUAUGCAAACAUUAUUGGAUUUAAGUUUGUACUUUUGUGUACUCCUGCUUAUUUUAGUCAUCUAUUCGUUGAAAACUUGAAUAAAGAUAAUUUUAAAGGA